CAUGAGACUUCCAUCUCCUCCUGCAAUCGUUCCUUUGUCACUUCUCUUCUCUUUCACCUUCUUCCUGUGCUCUUCUUUCGUCCUUUCGGCAUCCCGGAAUUCUAUAUACAGAGGGGCUUCUCUUUCCGUUGAAGACCAUGUUUCGGACGUCCUCACCUCCCCAGAUCAAUCCUUCGCUUGCGGAUUUUACCAGGUUGGCAUUGAUGCCUACAGUUUCUCAAUUUGGUUCGCACACUCCAAUAUUAAAACAGUCGUCUGGACGGCUAACCGAGACCAACCCGUAAACGGCCGAAGCUCGAGAGUUUCUCUGCACCGAGAUGGCACAAUGGUUCUUACCGACGUAGAUGGCUCAAUUGUCUGGUCCACCAAUACCACCAACAAGAACGUGGACAAAGCUGAGCUCCUGGACACGGGAAACCUCGUUUUGAAGAACCUAUCUGGUGACAUCCUUUGGCAAAGUUUUGACUAUCCUACUGACACUCUUCUCCCUGGGCAACCCUUCACCAGACGCACCAGGCUCAUCUCUGCAAUGGCUAAUGGAACACAUGUCUCGGGCUAUUUUACAUUGUUUUUUGACAACGACAAUGUUUUGAGAUUAGCGUAUGAUGGGCCUGAGUUUUCUAGCUUGUAUUGGCCUAAUCCUGAUUACACUAAUGUAUUUCAACUCGGUAGAACAAAGUACAACAGUAGCAGAACCGCGCUGCUUGAUGUCAUGGGGAGAUUUUCAUCAAGCGACAGAACCAAUUUUUUUGCUUCUGAUAUGGGUUCUGGGAUCGAAAGGCGAUUGACAUUGGAUUAUGAUGGUAAUCUUAGACUCUAUAGCUGGGACAACUCAACCGCGUCGUGGGUGGUCUCAUGGCUGGCUCUCCCACGGCAGUGCGAUAUCCAUGGGUUGUGCGGUAGAAACGGGGUUUGUACUUAUACGCCUAUACCCAAGUGUUCAUGUCCGCCAGGUUACGAGAGGAGUGAUCCAGUUGAUUGGAAUAAAGGUUGCAAGCCAAAAUUUACUCGAACAUGUAACCAAACUCAGCAGUUCAAAUUUGUGGAGCUUCCAUAUACGGAUUUCUGGGGUUAUGAUCUUGAUUAUCAAGAACAGUCAUCACUGGAACAUUGCAGGGAGCUUUGCCGGGCGAAGUGCUCUUGUGAGGCUUUUGUCUUCGGGCUUAACGGAGUAGGAGCUUGUUACACAAAAGCUUCUCUUUUUAACGGGCGCAAAGCUCCAAGCUUUCCUGGCACAAUAUAUUUGAAGCUGCCGAAAAGUUUGGACACAUCGGAACCUUCCAAUCUUACAAUAUCUGAUCUCACUUGUGGAUUUAGCAAGGUUGGAAAUCAGGUGGGUUCCUCCAAUAUGUAUGGUAAGGACAACAAAGGUCGAACGAGGUGGAUUUAUCUCUACUCGUUCAUUUAUGCAAUUGGUGCUAUUGAAUCUCUGUUCAUUGCAUCUGGUUGGUGGUGCCUUUUUAGGAGAAAUAAGGUGAAAAUAUCGAUGGAGGAUGGAUACCGUGCCAUUUCCAGUCAGUUCAAGAAGUUUACCUAUGCUGAGCUAAAGAAGGCAACCAAGAAUUUCAAGGAAGAGUUAGGGAGGGGAGGCUCCGGUAGUGUUUACAAGGGAGUUCUGGAAGAUAAUAGGGUGGUGGCCGUGAAGAAACUGGGAGAUGUGAUCCAAGGAGAGGAAGAGUUUUGGGCUGAAGUGAGCAUGAUUGGGAGAGUGAACCACAUGAACCUAGUGAGAAUGUGGGGAUUUUGUACAGAAAAGACCCACAGAUUGUUGGUCUACGAGUAUGUAGAGAACGGAUCACUGGAUAAGCAUCUCUUCUCCUCUAGUGACAGAAGUUGUUUGUUGAAUUGGAAAGAGAGGUUUAGAAUUGCUCUUGGGACGGCCAAGGGUCUGGCUUAUCUUCACCAUGAGUGUCUCGAGUGGGUUGUCCACUGUGAUGUGAAGCCUGAGAACAUACUCUUGGACAGCAAUUAUGAACCUAAGAUUGCAGAUUUUGGAUUGGCAAAGUUGUCUCAGAGAGGUCAAAGUGGUUCCAAUUUCUCUAAAAUCCGAGGAACAAAAGGGUACAUGGCUCCAGAAUGGACUCUAAACCUUCUCAUCACUGCCAAGGUAGAUGUGUAUAGCUAUGGAGUUGUACUUCUGGAGAUUGUGAAGGUCAUUCGGCUUUCAGACUGGGUGGUAGUCGAUGGGGAGCACGAGACUGAGCUGACUAGAUUCCUCAGGGUAGUGAAAGAGAAGAUUGAAUGCGGAGGGGACUCAUGGAUUGAAGAUAUAUUGGAUCCAUCAUUGAGAGGACAAUUUAACAAGAAGCAGGCAGCAGCCAUGGUCGAAGUGGGUAUUUCCUGUGUGGAUGAGGAUAAAAGCAAAAGGCCAACCAUGGAUGAAGUAGUGAAGAUUCUACUAGAAAUAGAAUGAAGAUGAUUCCGAACUAGUCUACAUUUAAAAGUAUGUAUGCGGUAUUAAUUAAUUGUAGUAUUUCACAUUUCCAGGUUCUGUACUCGUAAAAGAAUCUCUACAUAUGGUCUAUAGUCUCUGCUUCUGUAUACAAACAUUAUGUAA